CUUCCCACCUCAGCUAGGGUUUCUUUUUGUCAUGGGAGACCCAUGAAAAUCUGAAACGGAUCCUUAUUUACAUAGCUUUCUUUUCCUCAUGAACUUUGGAAGUCACAUCCAAAGAAUAUCAUCUUUGUCUAUAAACAAAAACACACAGUGCUACAGAGAAGCAGCCAUGAAUGAAGCUUCGACAGCUAGAGAAACCUCCAUGGGAACUGAAGACCGAGGAGGACAUAGAUUGAUCUUGCCAGAAGACGGCUAUGAAUGGAGAAAAUAUGGCCAAAAGUUUAUCAAAAACAUUGGAAAAACCAGGAGCUAUUUCAAGUGCCACAAGGAGAACUGCAACGCAAAGAAGAGAGUGGAAUGGUCUGAGUCAGAGCCAGAUAACAUUCGAGUUGUGUAUGAUGGGGUCCACACCCACGCCUUGUCGGCAGCCGUCUCUGCCUCCUCAACAGGAACUUCCAAUGCCAACCAGUACAACUUGUUGAAUCAAGUUUUUGGAGACCAAUCAACUUCCACGAGGCAACAUCGAUCAUAAUCAAUCUUUAUAAUUACGGUAAUGUAUGGACAAGGCUCCAUUCUUUUGACUUUGAGUUGUUUUAAUUUUGUAUGUUUCUUUUGUUCAAUCAAAGAUAUUUACUCUUUUCACAAUGGAAUGGAAGAACUUGUUUGCAAUGGUUUAUCUCUUGAUUAACUCAAACUCAUAAGAAAUUAACUCUUGAUCA